UUAGAAACUAGAAUUUUUUAAUAGUUUUAAAAUAUUCAACAUAAUAUUUAUUUUGAAAGGAUAAUUGGAUUAUUACGUCAUAAUGCCGAUUCGUCGUGGCCACGUGGCACCGCGUAAUGUUUAUUUGGACACAAUUAUCAGGAAGUUUGAAGGAAGAAACCAACGGUUCUUAAUCGCUAACACUCAAGCUGGAAUGUCUUCAAUCAUUUAUUGCAACGAUGCCUUUUGUAGCAUGUCUGGUUUCAGAAGAACAGAACUAAUGCAGAAAUCUUGCGCAUGCGAAUUCUUGUUCGGCUCCGAAACCGGAACUGACGAAAUAUUCGCGCUAAAAGAAGCGAUCCAGAAUGACGUAGAACGGGAGGUCAGUGACGUCACACUGUACAAGAAGAACGGUGUACAAUUUAUAUGCAGUAUAUUAGUAGCACCAGUGCGUAACGAUCAUGGCGAACCUGUUAUGCUAAUUCUUAACUUUGAACCAAAGGAAGACAAGAAGGAAGAACAAUCAACCCCAAAGAAACCAAGCAAAAUCGUUUCAUCUAUUUUAUCAAUUCCACCAUUUCAAAGCAUCGCUUCUAUAAACCGAAGCAGUUCGCAACCAAGUGAGUUACAAGAAAAUUUUGAAGGAAGUGAUGACGUCACAAGACCUCAAUCGCCUGUGACGUCACAAAGUAAAUUACCAACCAAUGGAACUGUUGGAGUGAAUGACAAGAAACCAAACAUUCAACACCGACACCUUUCGGAUCAACCGCAAGGAACCGGGAAACCCCCGGAAUCGAGAAGAUAUCUUUCAGUCCCCGUUGUUGCACCACCAAAUAAAUCAAGAAACGGAAAACAUUCGACGUCAUCAGAGUAUAGUGACGUCAUAACACGUGAUAAACAUCUCAUAUUUCCCGCCAUGUCAUUGGCCCCAGACAACCAAUCACAGAUCAGACAAGCUUCAUCAAUGGUGAAUUUGAAAUGGCCAAGAAACGAACAACCAAGGCAGAAGAAGUCGUUCUCUGGAAUAAGCUCAACUUCUGAUUCCGACCUUCUAAAGUCGUGCAAGGAAACAACUGGUCGCCGCCCUUCGUUUGUUACGUUUGCAGAUACUUUGUUACGUGACAAUCUAACAACUGUAAAGGAAAAACCUGUGACAGGGAAAGUUACCGAGGUGCUAUCAUUGGGUGCAGAAGUAUUACCGGAAUACAAAUUACAAGUCCCUUAUAUACACAAGUGGACCAUCCUGCAUUACAGUUUAUUUAAAGCGGUAUGGGAUUGGUUGAUCCUAAUCCUCGUGAUCUACACAGCUAUUUUCACCCCUUUUACUGCGGCGUUCGUUCUCAAGUUACGUCAUGAAGUAAAGACGGAAACGUCAUCACCCCGACAAGGAUACGACUUCUCCGAACCUCUCACUGUCAUCGAACUGCUUGUUGAUAUUUUCUUCGUUAUUGACAUUCUUAUCAACUUUCGCACCACGUACGUGAACAAAAACGAUGAAGUGGUAUCGAAACCGGGAAAGAUUGCGAUUCAUUAUUUCAAGGGCUGGUUUCUAAUUGACCUUGUAGCGGCCGUGCCGUUUGAUCUUUUAGUGGCUGGACAAGGACAGCAACAAGAGACAACGCUGAUUGGUCUGUUGAAAACAGCCCGUCUGCUCCGAUUGGUCAGAGUGGCGCGAAAACUUGAUCGCUACAGCGAGUUCGGGGCGGCAGUGUUAUUUCUAUUAAUGUGUACCUUCGUUCUCAUUGCUCAUUGGUUGGCUUGCAUAUGGUAUGCUAUUGGUAACAUGGAGAGGCCGCAUCUGAAAGAUAACAUUGGUUGGCUAGACAACUUAGGUUUCCAACUGCAUAAACCUUACCACAACUCCUAUGCAAACGGUACAAUGGUAGCAAGUUCUAGGGGGCCUUCUACCAAGGACAAAUACAUUACUGCCCUCUAUUUCACUUUUAGCAGUCUUACCAGCGUAGGGUUCGGCAAUGUAUCUCCAAACACAAAUAAUGAAAAGAUAUUUUCAAUCUGCGUGAUGUUAAUCGGAGCCUUGAUGUACGCCUCCAUAUUCGGCAAUGUCAGCGCAAUAAUCCAGCGGUUAUACAGCGGAACUGCAAGGUAUCAUACACAGAUGCUUCGGGUUAAGGAGUUUAUUCGGUUUCAUCAAAUCCCGAACCCACUGAGGCAAAGACUCGAGGAAUAUUUCCAACACGCAUGGUCGUAUACCAACGGGAUAGACAUGAACAUGGUGCUGAAAGGUUUUCCCGAAUGUCUACAAGCGGACAUCUGCCUUCAUUUGAACCGAACAUUGCUUCAAAAUUGCCCAGCGCUUAAAAACGCGACGCAAGGAUGUCUUCGUAUGCUGUCUAUGAGGUUCAAGACGACACAUGCGCCCCCUGGUGACACACUUGUACACACGGGUGACCUGCUGCCAGCGCUUUAUUUUAUAACACGUGGUUCAAUAGAAAUCUUACAAAACAACGUCGUGGUAGCAGUUCUGGGCAAAGGCGACAUAUUUGGCGAACCAAUGAGCUAUGACGUCAGGAUGGGGAAGGCUUGCGCCACCGUGCGAGCGUUAACAUACUGCGAUUUGCACAAAAUUGGUCGCUCCGAUUUAUUAGAAGUACUCGACAGCUAUCCUGAGUUUCGUGAAACGUUUUGGGCAAAUCUUGACAUUACAUACAACCUCAACUCGGGAGAUCCAGGGGCCGGCCUCCUACCGACAGACGGGAGAGGGAGUCGUCCGCUAAGCGAGGUGGAAGAUGACGCGAUAUACAGGAUCGUUUCCAUGGCAACGGAGGCGGAUGAAUAUGACGAACCUGUGUUUCAACCUUCACGCGCGAUAGAUCUAUCUCCCGCGAAAGCAGGUCUUGACGUCACACCUCUGAAUCUAGAAUUCCAAAACAAUCAACCAAGUUGCGGGUUCACGACAUGCGGAAAUUACGUAGCAGAACGCGAAGAACAACCGCGUCGAACGUCAAAGGAUGACGUCACUGAAAUUUGGAACCACGUGACGUCAACCGUGGAGAAACCACGAAGAAGUCGACCUCUCAGCGCUCCAUCGCCUCCAGUGGUGACAUUGACGAAGUAUCCAUCGGAUAAUGAAUUGAAACAAGGGUUGGAGCAGCGUAUGGACGCGUUAGAGGUGGAAGUUCGUGAGUUGCGAACAAUGAUGGAACAAAAUAUGGAGCGGAUAUUGUUCGCCGUGCAGGGGAUUAACCAAAGAGGGAAUACCCGACCACGAGAUCCUCCACAACCUUCCAAAGUGACGUCAUCAAGGCAUUCUUUCGUCACGCGUUGCUACCCAGAACUCGAUGACGAGUCUUUGACGUCACAAACAAACUCUGAAGAGGGAAAACCCCUGAUUCAACAGAAUGAAACGUGUUAUGACGUCACAGUAGCGACUGUAAACGAACAAUAGCCACCGUUCUUUCGCGUAAUAAGUUCCAUUGUUUUGUUGUUUUCUAAUCACUGUGACGUCAUAACCCGGUUUAUUGUUACGUUCGCUGUUGUUGCGCUAUGUUCUCAAAACCCGUGACGUCAUAAUACGAGAUACAGUUUAUUGUGUGUAAUACAAUACCACAGGAAUAUGACGUCAUAAUUAAUUAAAAACAAUCAACUAAAGAAAUAAAUAUCAUUGUUACGCCACAGUCACAUAUUUAUAUGAAUUGCAAACCAACAAUUGCACCGAAACCGAGCAAUAAAAUUAAAAGUUUGAAAAGUU